CCUCAACCUCAGGCUCGGGUUUGUGGGCGUAUAUCGGUCUGUAUAUCCGUUACCAUUGACUUUCAUCUUCUUUCUAUGAGAAAAGGCCUCUCCUCACCCUCUUAGCUCACUCAAGGUGUCCGAAGUUCAGAUUGCUGUAGAUGGGAACUAGGGUUCCGGUGCAGCACUACGACCUGAGGCCGGACGCUGUCUCCUACAUCCAGAGCCCACUUGACGACCUCAAUGCCGGGGAGGGACUCGGCGGAGCUAGUGACGAUGUGGACCGAGGAGGCGGUGAUAUCACCGAGGAGAGUCUGGAUAACGAUGAAGAAUCCACCGCCGUUCACUCUGAACUGAGUAACUUCCUCUUGGCCAUCAGGUUCGAUGACGGGAGAGUAGUAGCCCACAUAUCAGACACCAAUACACCAUCUUUAACUGGUCUCAAACUUUUUGGUAAACUUAGAAUCUUCUUUGAAUCUGUGGCAUUGAAUAACUCUCGAAUUCUAGUUUCGUUCCAAUUUCGCCCAUCCUUUGUCAAAAUAGAAGCGACAUUCAUGUACUUUACUCCUUAUGGACGAGAGGAAGUUACUCUCCCGUCAUCGAACCUGUGUAAGAGGCGAAAACCAACACCUGGAUGAUUAAUAAAAAAAACUAUUAAAAGACUUGGAAAGACAGAUGAACAUUGAACAGUUUUAAAACCUAUCGUUUUGUUAGUCCAUGCCUUUCUUACAUUAUCUCCAAAGUCACAACCAACACCACCAUCUUUCUAACUACAAGUGAAUUUGAAGAAGCUGUUCCCUUCUCUGACAGACAGUUUAGUUGCGUUCCCUUGGAUCUGCAAUGUAAUAUAACCAUCACUAUUAAACUUAUAUGUUUUAAAAGUUAACAGUUAACAACUUAACACAGCUCUUGUGUAACACAGUUGCCAGUUUUUUUUUAUGUGUUAAAGGCCAACAUGCAUAAUUUGAUUUAACUAUCCAAGGUCUAUCAGAGCUGGGAGGAAGAUAAGAUUGUGAAAGUAUGAUGGUCAGAGGAAAAAUCCAAACUUCCUGCUCAAGACAGCUUAGUUCUCCAAAAAUGAGCAUAUUAAAUCAUCAUCAUUACCCCAGUGCCGCAAAGGCUCCCACCUAUGGUCAAGGUUUAAAAAGGCGGGUUCGGGUAUCGAGGCGGUUUGUUCUGGAGGAGAGGCAAGGCGUAAGCCUCCAGGUGUAUUGAGGCAUAGGCCUCAAAAUAUACCAAUAGAUGAAACAUAUAAUAGUUAAAACUAAUAAUAAAAAUCUAAAGAAAUAGAUGAUUAUAAGUCCAAAAAGUAUCACACACAAACACAAGUUUAAACACAAGCCAUUAAUCAUCAGAUGACAAAUAAUCAACCAAAAUAUUUUCCUCAUCAUUGGUUAGGGAACUUAAUUUAAGGAUUCCAUCUUUCAUCUUGUCAAACCUUGCCCAGUUCUAGGAAAAGAUGACCAACAACUUAGUACAAGAAGAAAGAGGAGAGAGGGAGAAGAUAAGAGAAUUAAUCCAGGAAUUUCUUAAGUCACGGCCGAUUAAAAGACUUGUUAGGGGUUUAGUUUGGACAAUGGAUACAUGUUUCAUGUAUGGGUCUUUUAUUAAAUACUACUUAAAUUAAUCCAGGGAUUUCUUAAGUCACAGUCUAUUAAAAAUAUACUACCUCCAUCCCGGUGGACUUUGCCAAGUGCAAAGUUGGUGAGAAAUAAGAAUAGUAAAAACUGUGUGGUUGAGAUUUGUGCAGAGGAGAGAGAAAUGUGCAGAACCACAAAUUAGUUACUUUAAUAGGAAAGUGGCAAAGUUUUUUGGGACAACCAAAAUGACAAAGUUGGCAAAGUCCAAUGGGACGGAGGGAGUAGAAACUAAGGAACCCACGCCUCAAAAAACGCCUUAAGGCACGCCUCAAAAGUUGAGGCGUAAGCCUUUUGACAUGCGAUAAAAACCUAAGCCCUGAUGCCUUCUCUAUACACCUCAACUUGAGGCGCACUCUGUAAACGCCUUUUUAAACCAUGCCUACGGUGGGGUAAGGGGGGUCGGAUGUAUGUAGUCUUAUCCCUGUACUAAAUCAAAAAGAGACUGUUUCGGGAUGACCCAUAGUAAAAAUCGUGUAAAAAAUUACAUGGAUUGAUUGCUGCUUCAUAACAAAGAAGCGCAGACAGUUUAGUGAGCCAUUUUGCUUUAUUCCAUCAUAUUCCCAAGCCAGAAAAUUGUGAGUCUUUGGCUCUAGAUGGAAAUCCAAAGCAUAUUAAAUAAUUAUACAAAACCAAUUCAUCUUCAAUCUUGUGGUGCACUUCACGACCCGUGACCUUCUUGCGACGCUGAUAAGUCUGUCCAUAUACAUCAGUAAAAGAAUGAUUCUCUUUCUAUAUUAUAACUUCUUCAAGGUAUUGUGAAUGGUUCUGUUUCCAGAUGACUUCAAAGUUCAAACUAAUUCUUUUGAACCCCAUUGCUCAGUUAGCUUUAACCUAUCUAACAUGGCUGGCUACUAGUAAUUAGUUGUUAAAGUAUGUAUG